GCACAAGCGGCUGGGGCAGAGUUUCUUUCCCUUCUGUGCGGACUGUCCAGCAGCUUCGCCGGCGCGUUCAACCUGGCAGUACCCGAGGCAGGGAGAAGCGCAGGGAUGUUCCUGUCAUGCCUGAGAGGGGUCACAAGUUCUUAAUGGCUUUGUCAUCUCAAAGGAAACAAUCAUUCGGGUACACUGCCAGCAGGAAAACUAUGUGUCGAUCGGGCAAGGUCACCAGGAUGAUGGCCUCGCAGGAGCACGUCUGGCCUGUCCCAAUGAAGGCAAUCGGAGCACAAAACCUUCUGACAAUGCCUGGAGGAGUGACCAAGUCGGGGUAUCUUCAUAAAAAAGGAGGCACCCAGCUGCAGAUCUUGAAGUGGCCACUGAGAUUUGUGAUUAUCCACGAGGGAUGUAUCUACUAUUUUAAAAGCAGCACAUCUGCAUCUCCCCAGGGUGCCUUUUCUUUGAAAGGUUACAACAGGGUUAUGCGGGCAGCUGAGGAGACAACAUCAAGUAAUGUGUUUCCUUUCAAGUUAGUUCACAUAAGCAAGAAGCACAGGACGUGGUUUUUUUCAGCUUCUUCUGAAGAUGAAAGAAAGAAUUGGAUGCUGUCCUUGAGGAGAGAAAUUGAUCACUACCAUGAGAAGAAAGAAACAAUAACAGAAUUCAGUGACUCUGGUUCUGAUGCAGACAGUUUCUAUGGCUCAGUAGAACGUCCCAUCGAUAUCAAGUAUUCUCAUCAUUCAGCAGAUAAUGAAGAUUACGACCAGGAGGAAGAGGAUGAGUCGUACUUGCAGCCGGAUACUUGUGACAUAGUGAAGGAUGAUAUGGUCCUGCCCCCAGCAUACCCACCUCCACCUGUUCCUCACGUCAGAAAAGCUGCCUACACAGAAGCAAGGGCAAAUUCCUAUGCUGGCAAACCUACUGCUCCAGCACCCCCACCACCUCCCAAGAGGAGCUUACCUGAUAUCAAACUGGAGGAUCUCGUAACCACGAGAGAGCCCCAGCUGCAGUGCCGAGCUGAGCCCAAUCUGAAGGUUCAGUCCUCCAGCCGGAGACUGAGUGAGCAGCUGCCCCCUGUGCCCCCUUUGCCUGUUUUCAAGAAGCCUGCAUGUGUCAAAGAAUCUCACCCACUGCCUCCAGACCCUCUGCCUCCAGCCCAAGUUCUUGCUCUUCCAGAAGGAUGUGAGAAGCUAAAAAGCUUAAACCUUUCACCGCGAACUCCUCCUCCACUACCAGCCAAUAAACCCAAGCUGUCGCAGCUCACUGAAAAACCAGUGGAGCCCAAAGUGCCAAGAGAACACGGUAAACCUGGACUGUUUGUGCCACCGGUGCUCCCAAAGCCACCUGUGCCAAGCCACCAGCCCCCAGGAAUCAAGCCUAGAGCAGAGAAGUCUUCAUGUCCCCAGUUACAGUCACCACCAGAUGGACAGAGUUUUAGAAGCUUUUCAUUUGAAAAACCAGCACUACCCUCCAAGCCAAGCCAACCUGAUGAUGAUGACUCUGAUGAUGAGUAUGAAAAAGUUGGGCUGCCUGCUUCAAUAUUUCUUAAUACCUCUGAAUCCUUCGAAGUGGAAAGGAUAUUUAAAGCUAGUAGCCCUCAAGGACGACCGCAAAAUGGAUUGUACUGUAUUAGGAACUCCUCUACUAAGCCUGGAAAGGUACUGGUUGUAUGGGAUGAACUUGCAGGAAAAGUGAGAAACUACAGAAUCUUUGAAAAGGAUGACAAGUUUUACCUGGAUUCAGACAUCAUGUUUUUGAACAUGGGAAGUGUGGUUGAAUACUACAGCACUCAUGUCUUACCUAGUCAUGACAGCCUGAUGCUUCGGUGUCCCUAUGGCUACUCCAAACCAAGGUGACACGACAGCCCUAGCUCACUGACACCCCCUGCCCCUGAGUUAACUGUGGACUCCUGCCACUGCUGGACAUCCUGUUGUUUGCACACACAGACUGAGUCUCUUCCCACCAUUUAUUCUCACAUGAAUUGUAUAUAAACGCCAUGUAAUGAACUCUUGGUAAAACCUUACAGUCCAGAUCAGUGGACUUGAUGGUCUUUUCUUUUAAAAAGAUCUGAACUGAUGAUGCUGGGAAAGCUGUCCAGGAUACCCAGACUUUUCACAAAACUGCUGCUAUUACUAAUCUCCUUGGAAUGUCGAAGAAGGGCACGAACAAGGAAGUGGUCUGAAUACAACUGAUCCAGAAAAUGGAAACCUGUGGAAGUCUAUCAGAAUUUACUUGUGACAGGGAAUACUAAUACUCUGACUUAAAGGUAGUACUCCUAAAGUCAGCACUGGUGCUCAACUGAGAUAUUCUUUUGUACUACUUGUACAGUUGGCGUGUAAAUAACGAAGACUUCUGUGCAAACUAUUUGAUUUACUGUGGGUAAAGAUGAUCAGGAAAUCUGGCUUUUUUUUAAGCCACCUCAUACAUGCACGUACCUUCCGAGUACAGUGGCUGCAGUAAUCGCUGUCAGGUGCUGUCCAGCUGAUACACUUGUGGCAUCUCAAGACUCCUUAGUGACAUGCACUUCAGGUAAGUGUGGAACAAUAUUGAGCCUCGUUACCAAGUUCUGAACUGGAAGGGUUUGUGCCGCUGGAAUUUUUAAUGGGUAUAAGAAAAUGGGUUCUCUCACACUGCCAUAGUUAAAGGUUCUUUAAAACAAAACACAGAAAAAACACCCUGAAACCAUGAUUUUGAUACUACUAUAAAUCUUUGUGGUCAGGAUCAGUCUCUUAGGAUCAGAUUGUCAGCCCAUUGCAUUGUUUUCUCUUCUAGGGCAAAACACACUGCCCUAAUCUACUACCAAGAAUUUUUCCUUUACUAAAAUUUCUACCCAGUUUGUAGUUGCAUGUAAAAUAAAAUCUAUUUUUAACAUACUAUUGGUGAUAAACAUUACCAGGGUGCUUGUAAUAUUUGUUCCCUAAUGUUUUGGGGACAGGUAUCCUAAAUCCAAGGGGUUGAUAUUUAUGCCUGAAUUACUCUAUUCUUAAAUUUUAAUAAGGAGGAAAAAUUUGUUCUAAUAACCUGUUAAUUCUCUUCAUCCAAAAGUACUGUCAUAAUGGUUUCAUACUCUAAUAAUGUUAACAAUAAUUGUAAUAAUAAUAAAAAAAAUCUGCCACUCCUGAAACAGAAGAAGGUACCUAGUUUCUGUCAGUCUGAAUCUGUCUCCACAAACUCCUUUGUAGUAGGAUCAUACACAAGAACUGAGGCAAGAAACUCUGCCUCCACCUUUGCAAGAGGCACAGACAUAUACAAUAUCAGUCUUUUGAUCUCUGUUCCCACUGUAAUUGGGUUUAUGUGUAUAUGAAGUACUCAAAAUUCAGAUUCUGUUGAAUAUUGGAUAUUUUAAGUUUCUAAUUCCUUUUAUUUUAAAUUAGUAUCCCUGUGGUUCACUACCCUGACGUGAUCCACUCUAAAGAGGGUUCAGCCAAGACAGCAUUUAUAAAAUGUUUUUGGCAAAUACAUACAUGUAUAUCAGAGCAGGUUCAAGUUUCUUGCAGUAUUCACACAUACUGUUUAGAGAAUAAACUUUUCUCUGUCUGGGAAUAAUCAACUUAAUUGUUUCAUGACAGUCAUAUCUACAGUCUGUUCUCUUUGGGGCUCUAUUCAGAUAUUUUUUUCUACGCAUAAGCUCAGAAGAUUUUUAAAUUGUACACAUACACUUAAAACAUAACACUUUCUUUACCUGUGUAAUACAAAGGUUGAAAAUAUGUAAAUUUUUGUGUUAAUUUCGUUUUGUACCUAAAUGUAUAGUUUUCUGAAAUGGAUAAAAACUUUCAGUGCCAGUUCACCUCAUUUUGUGUGGUCAUCUUUAAUUUCGUGGGUGUGUGUUUUAAUGCCCUUCUUGUAGUUGUGGUAGAUACUGUUAGACUCUUCUAACCAUGGACUUAAAGGAAUUAGUUUUCAGCUCCCUUAAGAAACAAAUCUUCAUGUAAGCAACUCUCAGAAAUUUGACCUUCUGGUUAUCAGGCGGUGCAAGGUAAUCCCCUCAUCCCUCCAGAAACAGGUAGGAGGGUUCCAAACAAAUCUGCAGUCACUUACACACUUUCCUCCAAGCCCUCUU